AUGGUCUUAGAGCUGCCAUUUUUGGAGGAUGCAGUUUUGAGCAGAACUGGGUGCAGUUUUAUUACUUUACACAACAAGGUUUUGUCUCAGGAAAUGGAUUUCGAAUCCCUAGGCAUCGAAGAUUUCAUUGAAAAUGACUCCCGAAUUUUUUGGUUGUAUGAUUCUCGGGUGGUUGUCGGAUUAGAUGUCUAUCCUUGGCAACAAGUAGAUAACGUGGAGGACGGAAACAUCGUCACCCUUGAUCUUUCCAACCGUUGUAUUACAUCUUGUAGCCCUGUAGUCGAGACAUGUCACCAAUGGCGAAACGCUACUUCUGCAGUCAUGAGAGGGAGUACCAUCAGUUCAGAGACUUGGCCUUUUGCAGUUCUGGACAUUCUUUGCUGGUUUUGUCCUUUUCUUCGCCAGAUCGACGUAACGAGAUGUACAGGCUUCUCAAAGAGUUAUCUCACGAGUGAGAGUUGCCAACGGCGAAUUGAAAUAAUUGAUUAUUUGGAUCCUUCGUUUAUCGCCAAAUGUCCAGAUAGUGGCGAAGCGAUUAGAGAAAUGUUGGCGGAAAGAGCAAUUUCACCACGCACAAGAUGUGAAGGUUGGUCCCUUUUGCACAGUGCCAUUUUCCUUGGCGACACACAACUUGUAACACAGCUGCUUCAAUGUAUUCGCUAUGAAUAUAACAACACAGAAGAUGACUUAUUACUCCAAACGGCGCUAGAGUUAGCAACUGCUCUUCAUAAUCUGGAGAUAAUAAUGUUGUUAAGAAGUAUAAAUGUCGUUUACGAGGAUCCUUGCAUGCUAGUUCAACAUUGCUUUCUGAACCGACUUUGCUUUGAAACGUUUGAUCAUCCUGUGAUAAAAGCCGUGGUUUCUAAUGAAACAACACUGCAGGGGGCCAAAAACUUACACGACUCGCAGCAAUGUAAUGUGUCUUCUGUACUGCUUGCACUGUGUGAAAACGGUAAUGUGAACUUUAAAAGAAAAGUUUUUGAAGAAAUUCUUCGGAAAGUACACUCCUGCCUUAAGACAGAUUGUUGUUUGCUAUUUUCUUGCGGAGAUGAGAAAGCAAUUCAAGAAUGUUUGCAAAUUUUGAUGGAAGAAGCCGAGGGCUUUAGUAAUUUAAGAAUUGACGACUUUCCCUGCCUCAUGUACUCAUUGCCAAGUCUUUAUUUGAUUGAGCUUUUACUGAGUGAGGGAGCAAACAUUGACGACAGAGACAAUUUGGGGUGUACCGCUCUUUUUCACGCUGUGGAAAAGGCGUCAGUCACGCUCACGCCUUAUUGUUUAAACCUUAUCAAGUUUUUGCUCGACAAGCAGGCAAAUCCACAUGUGAGAAAUAACCUGGGAGAUUCUCCCCUUUUGUACAGUUUAACGCGAUGCUCUCCUCCUUCUUGUAAACUGUGCCCCAAAAUGAUGACACAUGAACCCGUCAACUUGAGGUUUGAUGCGCCUUUCUUUACAGAUCGAAUAGUAGAGGUCUGGAGCCUUCUUUUGACUGCCAGAGCGAGAGGCAACGUAAAGGACGAAAUGGACAGAUCUCUGUUGCAUUUGCUAAUGACAUUCUUGGAGACCGGAAUUAUUCCCCCUCCUAUAUGCCAUGAGUUGAUUUGCACUGGCCUAACGCUCUUGCAGGAUGGGGGUCUUGAAGUCAACGCCAGAGAUGCCCAAGGGAACACCCCGUUACAUUGCUGGGCAAACCUCUCAAAUGAGAUAAGUAGUGAUGAUUUGAUUCAAAUCGGAAAUAAACUUGUUCUUCAUGGUGGCGCUGUUAAUGCAAGAAAUGACAAAGGCGAAACUCCACUUCAUUUUUCAAAGAGUUGGGAGCAAGUGGAUUUCUUCAUCGAGAAAGGUGCAGAGGCGGACGCACAAGAUCUUUAUGGGAACAAUCCUUUUCUCAAAUUCAUUGAGAGCGGUCUAUUAAUUACACAUCAUGUCGAGGAAGACCGAUGGAAAAGAUGUCUUGCAUCUGGAAUGAAUCCUUUUAGUACAAACUAUGACGGCAGGUGCUUUUUUGAUGUUUUGUUAGAAAAACAGUUUUUCAAGAGCGCACUUAAUCUAUUGAAGGUGAUAUUCGAAAGCGACGUAAAUGAACACCUAAGAAAUACAGCCCGGGAUCAUCGAAAUCGGAAUGGAAACUCGUUACUUCACAUUGCUUGUGUUGUAGAGAACACAAAUGCUUCACUGAUCUGUGAUUAUUUGCUGCGAAAUGGAUGGAUCGCUAACUUAAAAAACACAUACGACCAAACACCGUUGCUUUUGGCAUGCAAAAAUGUGAAUAGCCUUAAUUCUGUACUUUCAAAAAACAUCCUUUUACUCCGACGGUACCAUGCUGACCAAAGCAUUCCAGACUGUCAGGGAAGCACAUGUGAAGCUUUGCUCCGCAGGGAUCUCUGCGUCCUGUUAUAUCAAGAAGUUACGAGAGUUAGCCUUUCCAACCAGUUAAAAUGGAUUCAGCAAUCUGUCAACCAUCACUGUGCGCUAGCAGAAGUUGCACUUGGUUCAAAAGCUCGAAAAGUCGAUAACUUCUACCACCACGAGAACUGCAUAGGAGCAGGCUCUUUUGGAUUGGUAUUUCCCGGUCUGAAUGAAAAAGAUGGCAGAGAGGUAGCCAUAAAACGGCUAGAAAAGGCGAGACUGGAGCAAAGAGGAACCGUGCUUGAAAGAGAGAUUAAGUGCUUGCAGGAACUCUCUGAUUGCUCUUUUGUACUCAAUUACAUCUCAUGUGCCAGCGAUGAAAAUUUUCAGUACCUAGUAGUUGAGCUCAUGGAGGGCUCUUUGGAUGAUUACCUCCCAAAUAAUGAAGUAUGCGAAGAGGCUUUCACGAUUUGUUUGAACAUUGGUAAUGGUUUAGAGUUUCUACACAAUAGAAAUGUUCUUCACAGGGAUCUAAAACCUCAAAACAUUUUGUACAAAACGCAGCCAGAGUUUGUUGUUAAAAUAAGCGAUUUUGGAAUCAGUAAAAUAUUGCACGGCGAACAAAGUGGUGCUCUAAGUGAGACGGUCUUGAAUUCAAGGGUAGGUACAAGAUGCUGGAUGGCUCCUGAACUCCUAACCAACAAGUCAAAAGAUCACAGCGAAGCAUCAGACAUUUUCAGCUGGGGCCUCAUUUUCCAUUAUGUCCUUGCGAUGAAGAAACAUCCUUUUGGAUCGUAUUCUGAUGAAUCAUUGGCGGAAAUCAAUCCUCACGAAACUGAAAGAAACAUAACCAGUAAUCAACAAAGUUUCUGUGAAUCUCUCGCACCGGAGGCUAACAAUCUUCUAACGCACAUGCUUCUGCCUAAACCAAAACGACGGCCGUCUGCCUCUUCCCUGCAGAAUUGUCCUUUCUUCUGGGAUAAUCGUAAGAAAGUCGAAUUUCUCACGAUUGUUGGAAAUCAGAAGGAAUUCGAGGAACCCAGAGCAAAUCUGUCUCGCCCUUUAUCCGUGGUGGAACAGAACUUAGAAAAACUUUACCUAGAGUGCUUAGAAGGAGCCUCUGAAGAUUGGGAGACUGCCAUACAGGAUGUUUAUGACGAAGUGACAGGAAUGUAUAAAUAUCGAAACUACAAAACCACAUCGGCUGUUGAACUUGUUAGGUUUAUCAGAAAUUCUUAUAUCCAUUCACAUGAUCUUUCUCCUGAAGUCAAGGAUCUCUUGUGGGAAGAUUUUGUUUUUCUCAAGCGCUUUCCUUUCUUGGUGACAGUAGUUUAUAGAGCAGUUAAAGCGUGUAGUAGCUGGAGAGCGAGAAAUCAAUUGAAAAACUUUUUCUAA